UUCCGGUGCGUCAUUAACUGGCGGGAAGCAGCAGCAGCUUGAACGCAGCAGCAGCGUCAGGGUCCAGCGCAGUGACGAGAUGUCUCGCAUGCUCAACGGAAUCGUGGCGGUGUGUCCUGACCUGGGGAUCGGGAACAAGGGGAACCUGCCCUGGCAUCCGGUCAGACUCAGCAACGAAUUCAAACAUUUCAGAACCAUGACAGGGACUCCAUCGGAGAAAGGUAAACAGAAUGUGGUGAUCAUGGGCAGGAAGACGUGGUUCUCCAUCCCAGAGAAGAACAGACCUCUGAACAACAGGAUCAACAUCGUCCUCAGCAGGCAGUGCAAAGUGCCCCCUGCAGGAGCACACCAUCUAGCAGGAGACUUCAGCUCGGCUCUCAGGCUCGUCGACACAGAGCUCGCUGACCUGGCCGACCAGGUCUGGGUUAUAGGAGGCAGAUCUCUCUACAAGGAGAUGAUGGAGAGCCAGGGGACCAGGAGACUGUUUGUCACACGAAUACUGAAGCAGUUUGAAUGUGACACUUUCCUCCCGGAAAUCAGUCCAGACAAAUACCGGCAGCUGCCAGAGUUUCCAGGAGUGCCACAGGAGCUGCAGGAGGAGAACGGUAUCCAGUACAGAUUUGAAGUCUAUGAGAGCAUAGAGCCAUGAAGAGGACACAUAAAAAAGCCUUGUGAUUUUGUAAAUGGGCACCAGAGCAAUGUAAAUGCUGGACUUUGUAAGUGGUUUUAAAUGUGAUUUGUACAGUUGGGUGUUGUCUUGCAAUAAAUUUUGAUUUCAACUA